CCACUAUUACUCUCUCUCUCAUUUUACUCACUCUUAAGUCUUAACUCUCUCUAUCUCUAUCUCUAUCUCUAUCUCUAUCUGCGACUGUGAGCUAGCUAAAGCCAUGGAUCGCAGCACCGCCUUAACGUUCGCGUUCAUCUGCAUUAUCGUCGCCGGCGUCGGAGGUCAAGCUCCGGCUUCCGCACCCACUAAAUCUACGGCCACUCCGGCUUCGGCACCCACUAAAUCUCCCGCCACUCCCGCCCCCACCACUUCACCAUCCGCCGCUCCUUCAAAGCCCAAGUCCCCAGCUCCCGUCGCCACACCGGCCUCAACUCCGACCGCCGCUCCACCUACCCCCGUCGCCGCCGCUCCAACUCCGGUAGCCACUCCUCCCGCUAAAUCUCCGCCGACUGCUGCACCUACACCGGUCGUAACUCCGGUCAGCGCACCCCCCGCCACUUCUCCCACACCGGCCGUCGUUCCCGUAGCACCGGUUUCUCCUCCCUCCAUCGCACCUGCUGCUCCGGCUCCAAAAUCCGUGACUCCUUCAGCUGCUCCCGGUCCAGCGACUGAGAGUCCACCCGCACCGCCAGCUGAGGCCCCCGGAAUGAGCCCUGAUGCCUCAUCUCCGGGUCCUUCCGGCGCCGCAGCCGAUGAGAGUGGAGCAGAGAAGGUGCAUUACAUCAUGGUUGGAUCGAUUGCAUUGGGAUGGGGUGUGAUCAUGGCAUUGUUGUUCUAGAGAGGAAGAGAAGAUGAGAUGAGGAGGAGGAGGACAGAGAUCGAUGAUGACGGUGUUGUUGUAAUGUUGUCCUUUAUUAUUUUAAUCUUUUUUUACCAUGUUCUGUCCAUUAUUAGAGACCUAGAAUUGGAUAUUUAUUUACCAUUUGUUUUUUCUAUUAUUAUUAUUUUUUACUGGCUCUUGGUGGUGGUGGUGGUGCCUUGUGAAUUGGUUCUUUUGUAUUCUUUUGGAGACACACAUCAAUUCACUGCUUUUGUCCUCUUUUGACAA